GAAUGGUCCACCACUAAGGACAUCCAGCCAACUUGGCACAACUGUGGGAAGCCUUGGAGUCAACAUGAGCCAGCAUCCCUGUGGAACGCUUUUGACACAUGGUACUUCAUGCCCCGGUGAAUUAAGGCUGUACUGAGUGCAAAAGGGGGUGCAACUCAAUAUUAGGAAGGUGUUCCUAAUAUUUUGUACACUCAGUGUAUAUAUUGUGGACUUUGUUGACUGGAAAUGUGCACAUGUGAAGGUGAAAGGUGAAAUCAACACAAAAAAAGACUUUAUCAAUAUAACGGCACAUUAGUGAGUGAUACUCUGAAGAAGCACAGAGGCUGCUGCUCUCUCCCCAGUGACUGUUGGACAUUCAAGCCAUGAGUGCCAAUUUGGAAAUUAUCGAACAGUUACAUUAUACAGUCAGUGGGACUGUCAGAUUGCCAUUGAUGAAUCAGAUUUUCACUGAACCCGUAUACACCCUGUUCACCAUUACAUAAGUGUUGGUUGGGAGGCAGGGUGGUGUGAUUAGGUACCCUGGGGGCAGAUCAAUCAGCAGCCCCACUCUGGGACUCACAUCCACUGCAUGUGGUCUGUGUGACAACAGCCUCUCCAGCCAACAAUAGUAGACAGGUACAGGCAUACUGAAACUGGGAAACACUUGAUGUUGCCUUGCCAAGGACCUCUGUCCUUGGUCAAACUUUAGUUCCAUCGUUGCAUACAAACUGAUGAUGUCAGGGAAGAGAGGGAGUCAGCCAUGGCAGGUUUCGGUGAGCAAAAGGGACAGGGCGAGAGGAAGGGGGGCCAUAGACCGGAAAGGAAUCAAGGGGUAGAGAAAUUAUACUGAUACGGGUGUCCCUCAAUGCAGUUAACAUGACAGUGCUAAAACUAAAAUGGCCUUAGAGGGAGGGAGUUUUAUUCAGGUUUGUACAAUGUGUGUUUUCCGUGUGUGUAAAACUAAAGAGAGAGAGAGUGGUGAAGCUUGAGGCAGUAGGCUAUAUGUUCACAUUCCAUAUCAUGAGAAAAGAAGAGUCCAUUUUGAAGUAAUCUUUUACAUUCAAACUCAACUUAGCCUAUGACCUUAUAAUUGCAGACAUGUUUUCCUCUAUAGGCUGAUGUCCUCUAAAAAGUAUGAUAUAUUAUUAUGAAGCUGCCCUUAUUAUGUCUAUAUCCAUCAAUCAAACCAUAUAGUCAAAUACAAAUCUGCAAUCAGAACAAUGUACAUCUGAAUGUAUAUGUUAAACAGCUAUGCUGAACGGAACUAUGUGGUCUGUGAUUUGUAAAUACCAUGAUUUUUACAAUAAGCUUACUGCUUGGAGGAAUUUGACUGUUUGUGUUUGUGGUGGCCUCAUAUUUCAAACCCUCGUGACAGAUGUCGUAGGCCUAUGGGUGUGGUUUGCCUUCUACCUUGUUGCCAUCCAUCCAUAACUUACGUGCAAAUGCUGACUUGUGGUGAAUUCACCUGCGGAGCUUCUCCUGCAUUCUUCAAGCUCUAUGAAUGAUAACUAUUGAACACAAUGCUAACCAAAGCUAAGAAUUCGUAUAAUUAUUUUGAUUCAACUCAAUGGGACGUUAGGAAAGAAUAUGGGCAAUUUUGGUUUUCCUUUUCCUACCAAUGGAUAAAUGAGGCGUCAUGAUUUUCUUAAAUCUUGGGAUGUUGACUAGCCUAUGAACAACCUAUGCAGCUUGCUCGAUUAUUGUACUUUGCUGGUGUUCAUUUUCUAAUUCAAUGUUUAAUAUUAGUUUAUUAUGUAUUCGACUUCUUAGAAGACGCCUACUGUAAACCUAGUCUACAGCCAUCACUAAAGGAGCAGAAAAGCAUAAGAGCAUCGAAUAGUCAAAAUGAUGGAUCUUCAAUAACGUUUUCUUUCCUCUACUGAUACUCACGUCUUCUCCACGCCUGAGCCUACAGUACUUUUUCAGCCAAUGGCCCGAUGCCGAUGCAAUGGAGCGAUCUUGUGCCUCUGCCUCAUGCCCUGUGUGAUGAUGGGACAUCUCCUGGUUUAUAUCAUGGUGUCCAUAUUUGUAUCCAUAUCCUACUCCCCUCCCCACCUACCUGUCCACUUUGUUGCCCCAGGGGUCUCUGCCAACUCUGGGGCACUGGCCUCCCAUCCCCUGGGCCCCUUCUGGAACCUUCGCCUGGAGGACAGUGCUUUGUGGAACCAGCUUCAGCAUCUCUGGGACCGGCACCAUAACCCCAUUUUGAGGGGCAACUCAACUGCAGGUAUGAUCACAAGGCUUAGCACUCAGCCACCAGAGAUGGAGGUCUCCUCAGACUGUGGCCCAGACAAGUGCUGGCUGCCUCACCUACCGGACUUCAAUACCCUGCCAGAGCAGAUGAGGGCAUUCGUCCAGUCCAUGCAUUGCAGGGUGUACCCCUUCCUCAUGAACCAGCCCAGAGUGUGUGCUGGCAAUGAAAGCACUGGGCCGGAGCUACCUAUGCUGCUCAUGGCCAUCAAAUCCCAGGUGGGUAACUUUGAGAACAGGCAGGCUAUCCGGGAAACAUGGGGAAGAAGUGGCUGGGUGAAGGGGGAGCUCGGGGGGAGAGGUGGGCUGGUGCGUACAGUAUUUCUGCUGGGUAGACAGGACUCGACAACGGGCCCUCACCCAGACCUUGGGGGCCUCCUGAUGCUGGAGAGCCAGCAGUAUGGGGACAUCCUGCAGUGGGACUUCAGGGACACUUUCUUUAACCUGACCCUGAAAGAUCUGCUUUUCUGGCAUUGGCUUCAGAACCACUGUCCAGGGGCACAGUUUGUCUUCAAGGGUGAUGAUGAUGUUUUUGUUAGGACAAGUUCCCUCCUGGACUACCUGCAUAAACAGAGGGAGGAGAACGGCAUGUGGAGCGCAGAUAGGAACAAAACUGAGAAGAUAAAGGAUUUAUUUGUGGGGGAUGUAAUUCAGAAUGCAAUGCCAAACCGACAGCCAACCACCAAAUACUAUAUCUCAGAGAGUUUUUACAAAGGUGCAUACCCACCAUAUGCUGGUGGAGGAGGAGUGGUGUACUCUGGUGCACUUGCUAUGCGUCUGAGACAAGUGUCAGAGAGGGUGCAUCUGUUCCCCAUCGAUGAUGUGUAUCUGGGCAUGUGCCUCCACAGACUUGGGGUGGCCCCCAUCCAUCACCCUGGAUUUUAUACCUUUGAUCUCCCAGAAACAGAGAGGGAGAAGCCUUGUGCUUACAGCUCUGUGCUGCUGGUUCAUAAGCGAAACCCUAAAGAGAUGCUCACACUAUGGAGGAGGCUGCAGAGUCCACCCUCACCAUGCUGAAGAAACUGUAAAAGGGUGGGGCACCAGACCACGGCCAUUAGGCUGUGGUGUAAAGUACUUAAGUACAAAUACUUUAAAGUACUACUUAAGUAGUUUUUGGGGGUAUCUGUACUUUACUUGACUAUUUAUGUUUUGUCAACUUUUACUCCACUACAUACCUAAAGAAAAUAAUGUAAUUUUUAUUCCAUGUUUUCCUUGACACCUAAAAGUACUCGUUACAUUUUUAAUUCUUAGCAGGACAGGAAAAUGGUUCAAUUCAUGCACUUAUCAAAAGAACAUCCCUGAUCAUCCCUACUGUUUCUGAUCUGGCGGACUCACUAAAUACAAAUGCUUUGUUUGUAAAUAUUGUCUGAGUGUUGUAGUAAGCCCCUGGCUAUCUGUACAUUUAAAAAAACAAGAAAAUAAUGCUGCCUGGUUUGCCUAAUAUAAGGAAUUUGAGAAGAUUUAUACUUUUGAUAAUUAAGUAUAUUUGAGCAAUUACAUGUACUUUUGAUACUUAAGUAUAUUUAAAACCAAAUACUUUUAGACUUAUUCAAGUAGUAUUUUACUGUGUGACUUGCACUUUUAUUUGAGUCAUUUUCUAUUAAGGUUUUUUAUUUUUAUUUUUACUCAAGUAUGACAAUUGGGCUCUUUUUCCACCACUGCCAUUAGGGCAGUGACCAUAGCUUCAACCCUCGAUGCUUAAGUUAGUUAAUUUACUCAGAACAUGUCAUCAAGACAUUUUAAGUUUCAUUCCAAUAAAAUCAAUUCAACUGUCA